AUUUUUUUGGUGCAUCGCGUUACGGGUUGGUGACCAAGUCCGUCUAGACGGCAUUUUCUUCAAUAUCUCACAAUUGAAAUUCCGCUUAAAUGCUAGUACAGGCGUGAUAACUCCAGCAUUAUUCAUUUCCUCCGUACGAAUAUGCCAUUACCGCAAAAAUUAAAUAAGCUAAGCAUUAGUGUUGAACGAACUUCAAAGAUGAAAACACUUGCCCAGCGGGCUAUUAUCACUGUUGUGUUUGCGCUCUGCGCGAGUGUCUGCUUGACCGACGCUACAAUGUGCCGGCCCAACUCCAAAUUUCAUAUAGAUUGUAACACAUGUGAAUGCAGUUCGAAUGGAGCAGAGUAUUCUUGUACUCGAUUAAAAUGUCAACCAGCAGAUUAUCAAAGCAAAUACGAUGUAACAUAUACCAAAGAGGGAUAUAAACUGUUAGUUCCGAAAAAUAACGACGAAUUUAAUUUCGAUGAUGACGAUGAACUAUUAAUACACUCGAGGAAACCACGAGUUCCACCUGGAUAUCCGUACAUUAACGAUGAAUUACCGGCCCCGGAACCAUCCUUGGAAAACGAUGAUAAUAAUGUUGAUUCAUCGGAUGAUAAAUUUAUCGAUAUUGAUGGCGACGAAGAUGAUGUAGAAAAUAUAGAUGAAGAUAAUCUUGGAAAUACCGUCGAUGAUGAAGAUGCAAUACAAACAAAUGAAAUUAACCAUGAUAGAUGGGAUCGUUUCAUACCUAAUAAAGUUCCUGAUUUUCCUGAAUAAAUUUAUCACUUUUACAAGUAGGUAUAUAUUUUUUAAAAUUUGUCUAUAAUAGAUAAUAAAGUUUUGUUGUUAAAUUGUUCUAUAACAACCCGACUACGAUUUUUUUUAAUUGAACAAAAUCAAUCUAUGUACAACACGUAAUUUAUAAAGCAGAAAUGGGGCAAUGUUAUACUUAAUAUUCUUUAGAAUUAAACAUAUUUUUGUAAAACCCGCUUUACCUCUCACAAAGAUAUAUUUUCUUAAAAAUAAAUUAAACGUUUAGUGAACUUAAUUGUUAAUUUAUCUAACCUGUUC